CAGGAUUUUCCGGUUUUGAUAACGGGCACAAUAUAUAAUUCAAUUUGGCUUGUCGAGAUGACACAGCAAAACACAUGAUCAAAUACUCGCUGUAUAUGGAUAUCGAGAAGUUGCUUAAUCCAAAUGAUCUUACCACGACAUAGUACGACGUUGGCCUCCCAAGUUCCCCUCGCGCUCCCGAUCAUAUCGAGGUAACCGGACUUACGCCAACGAUGAGGUCGCGCACAUCAGAGUCGUACAGUAUAAAGUGAUCAUGGACUGAGCAUGGGGGAAGCACUGAUCAACUUAACCUCUAACCUCUGCGUUUUGUUCUUCUUAGCAUCACUCUUCACUCCAUUAUGAACAGCCUACCUCCCGCACCCAUUACCUCACUCACUCCAGAGCUCGUAGAGCGACUUCGCGGACAGGCGCUGGAUGUACUGUCGUACCUCGUGAAGACCAACUCUGCUACUACCUACUUCAAGGAAUCCAAUGUUUUACCGCAGUUCCGGGCUGCGCUUAAUCUCACCGACGGCGGUAACCAAAUAGACGCUCAGGAUUACCCUGUGGAGACUUUUGUAGCUAGUUUAGUCGUGGGCUUCCUGAUCAUGUGCCUCAUUUUGUACUGGCUUAUCACGGUGCCCUCAGAGGUUUUGCCUGUGGAGGGUGCAGCACGUAGAGGUCAGGCUUAAUGACCUGAACAUACGCCUUUUCAUGAUUCUAGAGAAGGGGAUAUCUCCCGACAUGGUGGUCGACUAAGCCGCACAGGUAUCUCUUGAUAGGUGCUACGAAAAGUGAUCUGCUUACGUAGAUGCUUGAAGGUAACUUCGUCGAGUAGAAGGGAAACUUAUCUAAACCAUGAU